AAAGAAUUAAUAUUAAGCACAUGUUUUUAAAUGUUAAAUUAAGUGUAAGCAUAUUCGGUUCGGUGUUUUCGCAUUACGAACAUGCACGAGGAUGAUCUGAAAAAUCAAUUAACUAUUGCGCGGAACGAGAUUAACAACUUGAGACAGCAAGUGCGCAACUUGCAGCAUGUGCAGCGCAAGGACAUUGAAACAAUAAACCGGCUGCUGCAGGAUUUUCGCUGCGAAGGCUGCGCCAACAUAAAUGCCAAGGGCAAGGACAAACCGGAAUCGCUCAUUUUGCAGAACGCCAGCAAUGAUACCAAUGUAAACGGUUGUGAGGAUGUGGCCAAUUUCAAGCCCAUCGGCAUCAUACGCAGCGCAUUUCCAGAGAAGCGCGCCGUGCCCCGCCAAUCGAGUGUGGGCAGUCGUCUCCGUAGCCUCAUACAGCUCAACGAUGGCGUCUUUACCAAUCCGGAACAUUCGCUGGAAGGCCUAACCGACUUCUCGCACAUGUGGCUCAUCUAUCACUUCCAUCGCAACAACGCGCAUCCGAAGGCAAAGGUUGCCCCGCCACGUUUGGGCGGCGAGCGAAUUGGAGUGUUCUCGACACGUUCCCCGCAUCGGCCCUGUCCCAUUGGACUGUCGUUGGUGGAAAUUGAGAAGAUCGACGGCGCCACCAUUAGCUUCUUUGGCACUGAUAUGGUAGAUGGCACGCCUGUGCUGGAUAUUAAACCGUAUAUACCCUAUUAUGAUGCGCCAGUUCUAAGCGACGACUCAGGUCGUAGUGCCGCUAUGCCGAAUGAAAACAGCGCCGACUUUUAUGGUUCGCGUCAGGAGCCGGACGGCGAAGAAUCGGAUCUCGAAUUAUAUGGCGCCGCCGGCUACACAGCUAGCAAUAUGCACGUGGAGCCAACGCCAUCAGCACCACCAUUGCCCAGCGCAGUGCGUGUGCCCGAUUGGGUGGUGGCCGGUCAUCGCCUGACCGUCUGCUUUAACGAGCAUGCCGAAGCUCAGCUGCUGGAGCUGCAGGUGCAUAAGCAAUGCAUUGUCGAAAUAUUGGAGGCGGAUCCACGUUCCGUAUAUUUGCGCACAAAAUACGGCUCACAAAUAUUCACCUUCCAGCUAAGCGAGGUUACGGUCACCUGCAAGUUUGACGACAAAGCUGGCACAGUGACUGUUGUCCAAGUGCGACGCAAUGAGAAUAUUCAGGUGACCGCUUUGGAGGGGGAGCCACGCAAUUCUUAAUGGAGAGAUGCCUCUCUUCAGCUUAUUAUAGGUUUAAAAAGCUGCAUUCUGUUGUUGCCCUAAACUGCUUUGUAGUAAAGUUAAUUAUGUGUUAUCCUUAAGUAAUCCAUGUUAAGGAGCUUUUAAAUGUAAACAGUUUCGAUUUGUCGAUUACGUAUAAUAAUAAUAUAUAUAUAUGUAUAUGAGGCAUAUGUCCCCGUGUAUGUGCUUUUUAUGUAAAGAAAACAA